AGUACGGUAUUAAGUUCAAUUUGUUGACAUCGGGAAUGACUCGGCGAAAAGAACGCCUUCACUUGUGCAAGAUCCUGCAAUGCAAGAGAUUUUACUCUGUUUUAUGCUAUCCAUUGUACCAGUAUACUGCAUAGAAAAUCAGGACAAAUAUUCAGUCGUCCAGCUGGACUCUUCACCUACCAAGUUCCACUUUGCAUCAGGAAACCUCUCCACUAACAAGAUGGCUGAUGAAGGUUUACCAAGGAAGGUGGUUAAGUCUGUAUUGAGCGUUGAACAGUCCGAGGGUGUUGGUGCCAAAGUCAGACGGAGCGUUGGCAGACCUGAGCUUCGUAACCUGGAUCCUUUCCUGUUACUUGAUGAAUUCAGGGUUGCAGCUCCAGCUGGGUUCCCAGAUCAUCCACACCGAGGUUUUGAAACAGUGACAUACAUGAUAACAGGAUCAGGAACUCAUGAAGAUUUUGCAGGUCAUAAAGGAGUCAUGCAUGCAGGAGAUCUUCAGUGGAUGACUGCUGGCCGGGGUAUUGUCCACUCUGAGAUGCCCAAUGGAAAUGAUACUUCCCAUGGUCUUCAACUAUGGGUCAAUCUGGCCAAAGAAUUCAAGAUGGUGGAACCGGAAUAUCAAGAACUCCAAGCAAAGAAUAUUCCUCUUGGUCAGAAGGAUGGUGUGUCUGUAAAAGUCAUUGCUGGUGAAGCACUGGGUAAAAAGGCCAAGGUACGAACCAGAACACCUACUACAUACCUUGAUUUCACAAUUGGAAGUGGAUCAAAGCUCAGACAGCCAGUCACUAAAGGUCACACAGCCCUAGUAUACAUCCUAUCUGGGAAGGCUCAGUUUGGAACUGGAGAAGACAAGAAAGAAGGGGAACCACACAAUACUCUUGUUCUGUCUGAUGGAGACUUCUUGGAGGUGGAGAAUACGGGAAGUGAAGCGUGCCGUUUUGUGCUGAUAACAGGGAAACCACUGAAUGAACCGAUUGUCCAAUAUGGUCCCUUUGUGAUGAACACUGAUGAUGAAAUACAACAGGCAAUCUCAGACUAUCGCACUGCAAGGAAUGGAUUUGAGAAAGCAAGAACAUGGAAAUCAGAGACAGGCAAUGCCAACCGAUAAUUUGUAAAAGAUUUGAAGAGGUUUGAUUGAAUUGUAUUCUUUUCAAUUGUCAGUUUUGUCAGAGACCCAACUUCAUUCACCUACAAAAUUCAUCUUUACACUUUUAUAUAGACUGAAAAAUAUAGUUCUUCAGCAUCAUUGUAUAUCAAUUUUAAAAUAAUUUUAAUUUUGAUCUUGUAGUUGACAUGAUUUGCCUUGUACAUCUAAUUUUUGUCAUUAUUUCACAGGAGAACUAUUGAUUAAUGUCAUAUAA